CUCGGAAAGAAGAGGCUGCACACGAAUCGACCACUAAAUGUGUCUCACUCACUAGCAUGCACCCACGCCACACGUACCACCACUCUCUUGUUCGAAGGCAGAAAGUCUUCGGUUCUCGACACACCUCAGCAGCGCAUCAGUGUUCGCCAACACAUCAAGCCGCACCCACUGCAGAACACCCACGAGGUGAUGUAGCACCGUCAGGCCGAGAAACACCUGCCUACAGCUCGCCUCGUCUAUCGCUCCCCGCUGGAGAAUCGCCCCCAACAACCGCUCAAUCACCCCAAUGCUUGUGACAAGACACAGGGACUCCAGGUGCGCCACAGCCAUCAGUGCGAUUGAGAGACAGGCGACGUUCCAUUCUCUCUGCCCGGCAUUUGUCCUGCCGUCCACCGUCAAGUCCACGUGCCGCACAAGCCUCGUUGUGAGAGGAAGCGUCCAGCGGUACACGUCCAGCUUGGACAACGAGUGCAGAAGAGACGACAUAUUCUGCGCAUCCACAUGGACCCAAAAUGCGUGGCAGUGAUCCACCAAUCUGUCCGCCCUCAGCUCAUUCUUGUCCAUGUUGUCAUAAUCGAUAACAGCAUCAUCGUCUGGCUUGACGGCGGCAGCAUCUGCAGCUGGCGCAUCGUCAUCCUCUGGUGGAUGCGGGCAUGACACAAGGAAGUUCUGCAUUGCUGUGAGGAAGUCGGGCGGAGGCUGGUGCUGGAAUCUCCCUAGGGCGUUCAGCGUGAGCGAUAAGUCGAUGGCGUUGGCCUUCCACACGCUGCUGGCCAUCUUGGCGACUAGCUGGUCGGUCAGCUGCCGGUGGAAGUACCCCAGCUUGGCGAGUGCGCUCAGCAGUAUGCUGAUGUCGCAUGCACGGAGGCUGUCGAUAAGCGGCCGGUUGCUCCUCUCGUGCCGCCUCUCCCCAUGGCCCUUGAGCAUCACCCUCACGGCCUCCUUAACGGCCGCCUUGACGUCAGGGAUGCUCGCUGUGUCAUCUUGUGUCGGGUGUUCGUCCUCGGCUUCGUGAGCUUCGAUAGCAGAGUCGGGCAGAAGCAGCCCCAGUGAGUGUACGAAGGCCACAAUCUCAAAUGGCUUCAUCUCUCGCAUGACGGCAGGCAGCCGCCGGCACAGGACAAUCAUCAGCUCCUCGUCCCUCUCCUGCACCCUGGCAUAAGCGUUGGCAACGUUCGCCAGGUCCAGCUGGUUCAGCUCGUGAGAUCGACGCUUCAGUUCGUCAGCCAGGAGGGAGUAAAGAGGCCGCCAGAAGACCCCAAAGCGCGACAGACCAUUCAGAAUGUUGGCCAUGUUCUGUGGCGUGAAGUCGUGAUAGCGCCCCCGCCGCACGAGUUGCUGGCUGAGCAUGAGGAAGAGCUGCCGCACCUCUUGCGUGUCCUCAACGCGGCCAUGAAAGCGGGCGUAGGCGUUGAUGACAUUCGAGUAGCCCUGUGGGUCGAAUUCGCCCGCAAUCCGAUAAAUGCGCCGAGUGGCCGCGUGCAGUAAGUGAGGCGGGAAGAUAUAGAGCUUGGCGAAGGCAUUGAGGAUGGUUGACAGCGAGUGGGGGCUGAUGGUGUCGAUCGAUGCUUUGCUGCGGUCAUCCGUGAGGAUCUCCUGCAUGCGAUAGAAGAGGGGCUUCUUGCGGAUGUUGAAGCGGGCAAACGCGUUCGCCACCAUCGCCACGCCCUGGUGAGUCAAAUAAGGCAGCCGGUCCAGCAGGAUGGGGCUCAUGAGCUCGAACAGAGCGGGCUCGUUGACAUUGAGCUUGGCAUAGGCAUUGCAUAUGUUGGCGAGGGACAGAUCAUCGAGAGCAAAGCUUUGCACCAGUGCUGACACACGCCGCUGCAGUGCUCGAAUGACAUCGGGCGAUACCUCUCGCCCCUGCACCUUGCCCAUUGCCGAGGCCAACAUCGACACGUCCUGUGGAUUGCCGCUGUCCCAGAGAGACUCCCCCAAGUCGACGGCUGCCCUGAGAGUCUCGUGGCCGCUCUCGCGGUGCCUCAGGUUGGCGAGGGCGUUGACAGUGAGGGCAAUCUGCCGCACCUCCACGUGCCGCAACUCACCCACCAGCUCACGCGACAGGGUCCGGAAGAACGAUGCGUCGGACAUGUUGGUUCUCGCGAAAGCAUUGGCCAACAGCCCAAUAGGUGCGCCGGAGAACUCGUGCAGCCGAGGCUCCAAGAGCGAGGCAGCGUGCCUCCAGAAGGGCGCAUCAACGAGGGCAUCGUCUUGCGCCAGCUUGUUGAGCGUGAAGGCGAUGUCGUUGGGAGGCAGCUUGGGCAUGACAGUGAGCAUUUGUUUGGCGAGGCGGAGGGUCUCAUCUCGGCCUCUGCUGUUGCUGUUGACAAUGCGCUGAAGGAUGUAGUGCAUCAAUGUAGUGAGUGCAUCAAUCGCCCAAGUUGCCGGCAGCGGCCCUAAUGACAGACGCAGGGGCGCCAAAU